AUGCGCACGGACAUGGAGAGUGUCAGCCUCCAGCGAUCCGCCUGGAAAUGGCAAGUACUGAGUUUGUUUUUGCUCUGCGGCUGGGGCUGGGUCUCCGGGCAGAUCCACUACUCGGUGGUUGAGGAGUCAGAGUUGGGAACCGUGGUGGGGAACGUGGCCCGGGACCUGGGCUUGAAGGUGGAGGAGCUGCCAGGUCGCAGGCUGCGCCUGGGCUCAGAGGAGAGCCUGCGCUACUUCGCCGUGCGCCUGGACAGCGGCACGCUGGUGGUGAGCCAGCGGCUGGACCGCGAGCGUCUGUGCGGAGCAGCUGCCAGCUGCGUGCUGUCGGUGCAGGUGGUGACAGAGAACCCCCUGCAGCUCUUCCGCCUGGAAGUGGAGAUCCUGGAUCUGAAUGACAACUCCCCGAGCUUCCCCACUGCUCACCGCACCCUGCGCAUCGCCGAGUCCGCCACGGUGGCCGCGCGCUUCCCCCUGGAGAGCGCGCAGGACCCCGACGUGGGCAGCAAUGCUGUGAGCUCCUACCGGCUGAGCCCCAACUCCCACUUCUCUCUGGAUGUCAAGCAGCAGCCGGAUGGCAAACUCUUCCCGGAGCUGGUGCUGGAGCGUGCCCUGGACCGGGAAGAGCAGCCAGAAGUGCAGCUGGUGCUGACAGCUGUGGAUGGGGGAAGCCCAGCGCGCUCGGGCACGGCACAGAUAACGAUCCAGGUCCUGGAUGUCAAUGACAACGCCCCCACCUUUGACCACACCACAUACAGGGUGAAAGUCCCGGAGAACACACCUGUGGGGGCUGUGCUCCUCCGGGUCAAUGCGUCCGACCCCGAUGAGGGUCCCAAUGGGGAGACACAGUACUCCUUCGGGGUUCACACCUCCGACUCGGUGCGGAGGCUCUUUGCCCUGGAUCCCCGCUCCGGUGAGAUCCGGGUGAGCGGGGCCCUGGACUUUGAGGAAUCACGUUUCUAUGAGAUCUACGUGCGAGCCCACGAUGGAGGGGUCCCAGAGAUGGAGGGCAACUGUGUGCUGCAGGUGCAAGUGGAGGAUGCCAAUGACAACCCCCCGGAGGUGCUGCUCACCUCCCUGUUGAAUCCGGUGCCAGAAGACACCCCACCGGAGACUGUCGUGGGGCUCUUCAACGUACGGGACCGAGACUCAGGGGCCAACGGGCGUGUGAGCCUGGAGAUCUCCCCCGACGUGCCUUUUGCCAUCAGGUCCCUUCAGAACCACUUCUCCCUGGUCACCCAGAAGAGCUUGGACCGAGAGUCUACCUCACAGUACGCAGUGGAGCUGAUCGCCCAGGAUGGUGGCUCUCCUGCCCUCACCACCACACUCACGCUGCUCCUCAAUAUAUCUGAUGUGAAUGACAACCCCCCACGCUUCUCGCAGCCCUCCUACGACGCCUUUCUCCAGGAGAACAACCCGCCUGGCUCCCUGCUGUGCACCGUCUCUGCCUCAGAUCCUGACGACGGGGAUAAUUCCCGGCUUGUUUACUCCAUAGAGAGUGGCCAAGUGCAGGAUGCGCCCGUCUCUUCCUUCGUCCACAUCAACCCUGACAAUGGUAAUCUCUAUGCUCAGCGCACCUUCGACUUCGAGCUGCUGCAGGUUCUGCCGGUGUCCGUGGUCGUGAGGGACUCGGGGUCCCCCCCGCUCUAUGCCAAUGUUACCGUCUACAUCUUUGUCCUGGACCAGAAUGACCAUCCCCCCACCAUCCUGUACCCCGCCAGUGACAGCGAUGUGCCGGCACCGCAGAGGGUCCCGCUGUCUGCCCCACCGGGCUACCUGGUGGCCAAGGUGACAGCAGUGGAUGCAGAUGCUGGGCACAACGCCUGGCUCUCAUACCGGCUGUUGCCCCAGUCCACCGACCCCUCCUUGUUCCAUGUGUCGCUGUACACAGGGGAGGUGCGGACGGCUCGUGCCUUCCAGGACAGCGACAUGGCCGUGCAGCAGCUCGUUGUCCUGGUGACGGACAACGGUGACCCCCGGCUCUCCACCACCGCCACCAUCACCGUGGCCCUGGAGGAGGCAGCCCUGGAGGAGAGCUUCAAGCCUCAGGAUUUCCUGGCUGGCGCCAAGGAGAAGCCGGACCUGACCUUCUACCUGAUCAUCGCGCUGGCAGCCGUUAGCACGGUAGCACUGGCCACAGUCACCCUCCUGGCCGCCCGGUGCCUCCGGCGCAGGGGCCGAGCCGCCGUCUCACCCUACUGCUGCUGCUGGCUCAGCGAGUCGCCCUCCCGGGACUUCUGCAAGCACUCCAGCCCCAAGCUGCAGCUCAGCUCCGACGGCACCCUUAAGUACAUGGAGGUCACGCUGCGACCCACCGAGUCCCCAUCCCAGCGCUACAGCACCUGCUACUCCCCCGGCUCCGAGCGGAGCGACUUCACCUUCCUGCGGCCCUGCCCGACCCCCGCC